UUCGGACGAAAACUUGCUUAAUACCGUUCACGACGGCAGGGACAUCCUCACUUUUUCUCUCUCCUCGAUGUAUGGCACGGCACCAGUGUCCCCCAUUCUUGACCCCUCUUUGAGUCGCGAAAUUUCUGAUGGAGUGUUACCCCGCCUUGUCCAUUCCCUGCAUGAGACCAACAGCUCGGUACUGAGCCUUGCGGCUAGCGAUGACUAUAUCUUCUCCGGGAGCCAGAAUCAGGACAUAUCGGUGUGGGAUAAGCGAACGUAUAGAUUGAAGGAUACGCUGCGGGGCCAUACAGGGAGCGUGUUGGCGUUGGUGUAUGCUGCAGAAAAAGAAUGGUUGUUCAGUUCUUCAGGCGACAGCACCGUCAGGAUCUGGUCAACGACGACACUGAACCCGAUAUAUGUUGUGGAUCCAUAUCUUGAGACGGGUGCUGGAGAUCUAUUCUCUCUUGCAUGGUCGCCGUCUCUACAGACACUUUAUAUCGGAUGUCAGAACACCGCUCUGCAGUGGCUCGAUUUGCGUACGAUUCCUUCACAAGAGUCCGUCUCUUCACGUACCCUCUGUGCCAGCGAAUCCGGCAUAUUCACACCAAGCGGUACGCCGAGAAAGGUGCAUAAAUUCUUUGAUAGCUAUCCACAGUACGAGCGGAAGCCUGCGGAUAUAUACGCGAACAAUCCUACCGGUAAACGCACGCCUGGAUACGGAACGCCCGUAUUGGAGUCAGACCCUUCCACGGCUCCGCAUAUAUCCAUCCCAGCUAGCAAUGUUAUCGAUUCUGCACACUUUGGGUACAUAUACUGCCUUGCGAUAGUGGAGGAAUGCGAGAUUGGAGGUGUUAAGCUUAUUUCUGGGAGCGGCGACGAGAGUAUCAAGAUUUGGAGCUGUACCUCCAAUGGCCCGGUACUUGAGCACGAAUUUACGUGUGCUAUUGGUGCAGUGUUCGCUCUUGUAACGCAGGGAGAUACUAUCUAUGGAGGAUGCCAAGAUGGAAUUGUCAAGGUUUUGGACAUAGAAACUAGAUCUAUUGUCAGGACCAUCAUAGUCCAAGAGGGGGUAGACAUUCUUUCCAUGUCGUUGCUUAAGUCUGAUCUGUAUGUUUGCCUCGCUAAUGGACGAAUACAACGUUACUCCGCCUCGUUCGAUUGCACCGCAUCGUGGAAAUGUCAUAAUGGAAUUGUCUUGUCUUCGAUAUUAGAUGACCAGAGCAAUGGGUCUCACAAGCUCAUUACAGGCGGAAAUGAUGAUUACAUCAAGAUCUGGGAUGCCAUUCCACCCAAGACCCGGAGCUUUCAGGCUUCUGGCUCGCAAUCACUCGUUGCGGAUGCACCUUCACGUGACGUAUUGGAAUAUGCGCUGUCCAAGUUUAUUUCAUUUCCCAGUGUCAGCAGUAAUCUUUCAAACAGGGAAGACUGUAGACAAGCCGCUAUCUGGCUUAGGAAAUGCUUGAGUCAGCUAGGUGCGCGAGCUUCGUUGCUCCCAACUGGCGAAGGGACGAACCCUCUGGUAUUGGGGACGUUCCAGGGUUUACAGACUCAAGCAACGAAGCCCAGGAUCUUGUUCUAUGGACACUACGAUGUCAUGGCAGCGCCACCUGAAGGCUGGCAUUCCGAUCCCUUCACUCUGACAGGUAACAAUGGCUUCCUGUAUGGCCGAGGUGCGACAGAUAACAAGGGUCCAAUAAUGGCUGUGGCUUGUGCUGCAGCUGCCCUUCUGCGUCGUCGUUCGCUGGCCGUCGAUCUUGUGUUUCUUAUCGAGGGUGAAGAGGAAUGUGGGAGUACAGGGUUCAAGAAAGCUGUCGGGAUGCAUAAGGACGCUAUUGGGCAUAUUGAUGCGAUUUUGGUCAGUAACUCUACGUGGAUCACUGAGGAGCAUCCGUGUAUCACGUAUGGGCUUAGAGGUGUUGUCCAUUGUGAUCUGGAGAUAACGAGUGCCCUUCCGGACCUGCACUCUGGUGUAGAUGGAGGUGGCGUCGUGGAACCGAUGGAUGAUAUGAUAAAACUACUAGCUACUUUGAGUGACCGACAAAAAGGCGUGCAAAUACCUGGUUUCUACGACCACGUUCGGCCUUCUUCCGAAGAGGAGAAAUCUAAUUACAAGCGACUCGCUGAGGUCACCAAAAAGCCUGCUAGCUCUCUGUCUUCGAGAUGGAGAGAGCCGUCAUUGACUAUACACACCAUUGAGGUGUCUGGUCCACAAAAUUCGACCGUUAUACCUGGCACUGUCAAGUCUCAGGUCUCCAUCCGCAUAGUCCCCGACCAGGAUUUAGAUACCAUCUCCCGGUCACUCCUUGAUUACCUGACCAGAUCAUUUGAACGUCUCCAGUCGCCCAAUAAAUUCCACGUCAGUCUGGAAAAAUCGGCUGACUGGUGGUUGGGGAACCUGGAUGAUCAUUGGUUUAAAGCACUGGAGGCAGCCGUUCGGGAGGAGUGGGGCGUCGAUCCUCUGCAUAUUCGUGAAGGAGGGUCUAUCCCUUCGGUGCCAUACCUCGAGAAGGAAUUUGGGUGCCAUGCGCUGCAUCUGCCGUUGGGCCAAAGCUCGGAUCAAGCCCACUUACCGAACGAGCGUAUUUCUCUGAAUAAUCUUCAGCGAGGACAGUCUGUUAUUGAGAGGUUUCUCCUAAAAGUGGCUGAUGCUAAUUUUGCCUAAUUCUUCGUAUCUUUCGUGUAUCUACUUGCUUUCGUGUUGCAUACUUUAGCUGUCGUGUUUUUUUUUUGUAAUGGUUUGUCUAACUGGGGGCCGUCGUGCCGUCGGCAGUACCUUGCUUGUCGAAGUUUCCAGUCAACUUGCGCUC